AUGAAAUAAACUUUUAUACUAACACAUAUAUAUCACUAUAUUGCAGUCUAUCCUUUUUUUCUUAUAAUUGGGAUGAUAGAGGUCUUUUAUAGAAAAAAAGUAGAUGCUAAAAAAUAGAUAACCGAGGAAUUAUAAGCCUUAUGUAUCUUGUAAUUAAAUAUAUAAAUAAACUCAAUGCAAUAAUCUUGCUUAGAGAUGAACUAAUCAAAGAAAUCAAAAUUUAAUUCAAAGUUUAUAAGUAUUCAAGAAAGUUCUAUAGGUUUGAAGAUAGUGGAUCCUGUUAGUAAGAUAAUUUAAGUAUUUCUAUUUUGGAACAAUUCCAUUUUAAUGGAUUGGAAUAACUUUUUCCAGGAAUUAAAUGCUGGAAAUCUUGGAAAUCUACAUUUCAUUAUUGAAUGUGAAGAAUCUAAAUUUUUUAUAUAUGGGACUGCUGAAGAUUUAUUUUGUAUAUAUAAAUUCUGUGCUGGAAAGUAUAUAUUUAAAAAGGGAUAAGCUAGUAAAACACUUGAAAUAAUAAAAGAGAAACAUGAUUAUCAAUUGAAAUCAAUAUUUGAUUAGUCCAGACAGAAACAGUACUAUGAGCAUGUAAUAUUUGCUCAAAUCAACGAUAACUUAGAUAUGUCUUUCUACUCUUAGGUUACAUAUGAUGGAGAGAGAUUUAUUCCUUAGGAAAUUUAAAUAAUAUAGGACUUACAUAUUACAUAUAUACCUUAAUUCUUAGAAGUAGAUGCAUUGUACCACGAUGGAGUUUAAUUUUCUUACAUUUAUUCAAAAAAAGAUUUAAUAAAAUUAUCUUUGUAUUAUAAUCACACUCAAUUGGAUAACCAUUGUUUAGUAUCUCACACAGCAUCCUAAUUAGUACUAAUAUUGCUAGCUUUAGACGAGAAGGGAAUAAUACACCCUGGCCUUGAUUUAAAAAAUCUUUAUAUCAAUCCAAAUACAUAGGAUAUUGUUCUUGCUUCCUAUUACUAGGCUUAUUACUAAUUGAACAAUGAUCAAAGAAGAUUGUGUGUAAAUAUUGGGUAUUCGCCUCCUGAAUAUUUUAAGAUUAAUUAAAAACUAACAACCAAAGCUAAUGUUUAUCAAGUUGGAAUUUCGUUAUUUCAAUUGUACUCUAUUUAGUAUCAUAUUAGAUUGCUUGGACACAAUCCCUUUGGAAAAUCCUAAAAGGAAAUGGCACUCAAUCACACCAAGAACAUUCUUGAUUUAUCAAGACUCAAUGCUUUUGAUUCUAUUUUACGUGAUUUCAUACGAAAAUUACUAGAAUAGGAACCUCACAAAAGACCAUCACCUUAAGAAUUACUUAAGCACAAGUUAUUUUCGAUCUCCCACAAAGAAUACUUGUCUAAAUAGACAAUAUAAAAAAAAAUACAAUAAGAUAUUCAAGAGUUCACCAUUUUUAGCAAGACCUAGAAUAUCUAAAGUGUAAAACCAACCUUAAAGUUCAAAAAGAGAUAGUGA